AUGGCUAACGCGAAAGCCGGGACUACGGAACCCUCUCCUGCCCAGCUGGGACACCUGGCUGCCCUCUCUCCUCCACGGGAGCAGGGGUCACCCGAGAUGGUGAAAAUACAGAGUCCAGACUCACCCUCUGGUACGCCACGAGCACCCCCUACAAGGGACGUCACUGGCAGGCAAAACAGAGGAGAGCCCCGAGCUGCAAGGCAGAGAUCAUCACCCGUGCUGAAGCGCCGACCCCCUGCAGCAGCUCUGAGGGCACACCCGAGUCUACCACACCAAAAUGCUGGGAAUCAGCAGAGACUUUUGCGACCGGACGGCGCAAAAAACAGAAGGUACAACUACAUCCACUAUCCUUCGAUUGUGUGGACUUAG